GAAGGCUGGAACACGGAAAAGGUGCACAUUCAUUCAGUUCGUGCUGUCAGUGGGCUCUAGUGCUGUCUGAAGCAGAGGCGAGGUGAGACCGGUCAGCCGGGAGUUCUGCACCAGCGUGCUGCGUGCGGUCCACAAGCCGGGACCCCGAGGAGGAUGAAUUGAAGCUAGCAACUCCGGACGUUAGAUUAACAAGGGAGACCUUUGUUAUUUAAAUGUAUAUUUUUGACCCGAGGGAAAAGAUCAGCUGAACCAAAAGUGGCGGCUUGAAACACCCAAAGCCCCCUUGAACAAGUGCAACGCGAUCCAUAAACUACCAUGGCCAAGGAGCAGGAGAAGAACAAAGUCGCUUUGCUGGAGCUGCUGCAGAGACCCGGCAACGGCAGCUGUGUGGACUGUGGUGCUUCAGAUCCUGACUGGGCCUCAUUCACGUUGGGGGUGUUUAUCUGUCAGAACUGCUCUGCGAUUCACAGGAACAUUCCCCAGAUUAGCAAAGUGAAGUCCGUCCAGCUGGACAUGUGGCAGAAAGCCGAAGUCGAGUUCAUGGCUUCCACUGGAAACAAUGCUGCUAAAGCCAAAUAUGAACAGAAGGUGCCACCUUUUUAUUACAGACCGACAUUUGCUGACAGCCAGAUUCUAAGGGAACAGUGGAUUCGCGCCAGAUACGAAAGGAAUGAGUUUGUCUGCGUCGAAAAACAAGAGCCCUAUUCUGCAGGAUACAGAGAAGGGUUUCUAUGGAAACGAGGGAGAGACAAUGGACAGUUUUUAAGCAGAAAAUUUAUUCUGUCUGAGCGCGAGGGAGCCUUGAAGUACUUCAACAAACAUGAUGCAAGAGAACCAAAGGCCAUCAUGAAGAUUGAAACUCUGAAUGCGACGUUUCAGCCCUCAAAAAUAGGAAACCCUAAUGGCCUGCAGAUCACCUACCUGAAGGACAACAGCACUAGGAAUAUAUUUGUUUACCAUGAAGAUGGAAAGGAAAUUACUGACUGGUUUAAUGCCAUCAGAGCUGCAAGAUUCCACUACUUACAGGUGGCUUUUCCGGGAGCUAACGACGCAGAUUUGGUGCCAAAACUUACCCGGAACUAUCUGAAAGAGGGCUACAUGGAGAAAACUGGUCCAAAGCACACAGAAGGCUUUAAGAGAAGAUGGUUCACCAUGGAUGACAGAAGACUAAUGUAUUUCAAAGACCCGCUGGAUGCCUAUGCCCGUGGAGAAGUAUUUAUUGGAAGCAAGGAAAACAAUUACACAGUGCUGUCUGGUCUCCCAACGUCUACCCAGGGAUAUCACUGGCAGUAUGGCAUCACUAUAGUCACUCCAGAGAGAAAAUUUCUCUUCACAUGUGAGACUGAACAGGACCAGCUGGAGUGGAUAGCUGCUUUUGAGAAAGUCCUCGACAGGCCAAUGUUACCACAGGAGUACGCAGUGGAGGCUCAUUUCAAACACAAACCGUAAGGGGGACUCAUCCAGUCAAGACCAGAAGACUGGCGACAGGCCAGCCGGAAAAGACACAGCGGUUUGCUCAUCCUUCAUGGCAAAUAAAGACGUUUGCGGUGAAUUGUCUUUUCCAAAAAUGACUUGACUUGAAUCUGUCUGACACCUAAAGCAAAAGAGAAUUCAUUGGAGAAAAAAGGGGAUGGUAUCUGAGCAACAAACUGAGCAUCGGGAACAGGGAUAAGAUGCCCUGCUAGUUUGUGCCUCUGUGAUGUGCUGUACCUCCAUCAUUGUUGUGGUGAACUGUAGCCUUUAAUGAAUGUUGUCUAAUAAUAUUGAUGUGACUUGAAAAGUGAUUGUAACAAGUAAUUCAAUAUAAUUACAGAUGCCUAAAAGCAUAGAAAUGUUUAUAGUGGUAAUACUGGGGCACGUUAUCCUGCAGGUCGAGGUUUUGACCAGUGCUGUCAACUUCAGAUACAAAAAUGUAUUUUGCUCAGCCAUUUAAAUGGUGGGAUAUUCUUUUAUUGGUCUUCAUGAGCAAACCCCCACUGCACAGCAGUUGUCUUUAUAACUGACUUGGAAUACCUUUUCUACAGCUCUGACAUGUGCAACUUCUCUACCACCUACUGUAUUUUAGUUUAAACAGCAAAUGUCAUUUGCAUAAACAGUCUCUAUAGCUUCUUUAAAAUUAUGGAUCUUCAGAUGAAUCACUGUGAAAGCUGUUUAUUUCCCACCAUUUCCAAAGCGUUGCUUUCUACAUAAUCAUUAGAAGUCAUAAGGUAUUUCACAGAGGAGCAUAAUGGAAAUGUUUCUGCUAAUGUCUUUCUUUCUUCUCCAGAUGUCAAUGUAAAGUAGAAAGUUUUGUAUCCCAGAAUUGAAAGGCAGGAACCCAUUUAAAGAGAGUGGACUGAGAUGUCAUAACCUUGAAAUUAUAACCUAUUGUCAUAAGCUGUGAAACAACUUAAUCCUGUUGUUCCUUGAAAACUGUUUGCCAAUUUUGUUAUUUAUUGAAAUAUGUUAAGGUUUUUAGGUUUGCUUUAAAAAGAUGAAAAAUCCAGCAUCUGUAUGUAUACAUAUGAAGGAUGUGUAAGUAUGAAUGAAAUAUAUGAUUAUAUAAUUUUGCUUUUCAGUUGAAAGGGAGCGAAUUAAAUCUCUAAGUAGAAUUUAAGGAUGUUUUUAAAAUAUUGAGAAUGUUGCAACAGCUUGUGGAUGAAAUUCACCAGGUUUCCACAGUUAGCAGUCCAUUUUUGUAACACUUCAGGAAACACUUUGGGUGAGCUGUCCGUGGUGGACAGCUGUCCUCACAUAAGAUGCAUCUAAUUGCACAAGAUGAUGCAAGUAUACAAACACUGAGAUCAUCUGAAGAUGGUAGAACUGAAAUCUUGAUGAAGUGAGUUGUGAUUUUCAGUAUUUUUCAAGCCACUUUGGAUGCAAAAAAAAAACUUUUUUCUCUCAUUUCAAGAAUAUCUUUUUAAAUAUAAAGAAAAAUGGAAAACUGCGUUAUAGUCUUUACACAACCGUAUAUAGACUAAUGCCGAAGAACUGGAAAGCAACAUACAGUAUAUACAAACAGGCGGGUGAGGAUAGUUUAAUUAUGCAGUUGAAUGAAACACUUUAGUACAAUAUUACAAAUUCAUUUGUCUGCCUUGGAUAAUCUGUUCCCCAUGUUUAGUCAUCUUGGGAAUGAGAGUUUAUAUUUGAUUCUAGUGUUGAUUCAAUUUGUUGCAGGUUGCACAGGCAAAGCUUGUAUGUGUGGCCUUCUGGUGAUUGGAAACUACUAUUGAUUUGGUAGCCAUUAACAAAACAAACAAGCACUUCAGGUACUUCAGAAACAGCCUGGGUAAACUUAAGCAUACAUAAGGCCUGUUUUUUUAAUUUCUAAACAAACCAUCAGCUACAUUAUUCUAUAUAUGUUUUAUUUACUCAGCUGAAGUACACACAGUUCAGCUCCUAGGUUGGCAUUUUUCUUUCCACUUGAUCCUGGCUUUGCCUUCCAGUGGGCAAAUUGGGACUAGAAUCAUGUUUCUCUCUAACAAAAUUCAACCAGCCUAACAUCUUAUUUGUCUGUUUCUCUGAUCAAAUCAAAUGUAUAAAAGGAGCUUUCACAAGCACAGCUGCUACUGACUGUUAAUCACUGUUUUUAAACUCAAGCUGAAACGGUCAUGUGCCACAUCCAAUUCCUUUCACUGGACCUCCAUACAGGCAUUCCAGCCAGACGUGCUCCAAGAGGGACAUGCUUGCUCAUAAGUGUGCCAUUUAAUUCCUGAUUUGAUUCUAUUUCAGAAAAAUGUUAUCCAGUAACCUACUAAAAUAAUACAGUGAGAGUUCUCAAACCAAAUUGUAAGUUUAAACCAAAUAUAAAUUAAAGGCAAAUGCAUUUUGCAUCUGCGGACUGAAAAUAUGAAACAAAACCAACACAUUUGCAGAAUGCAAAUGCUGUCUUCUAAAAAGAUCUUAGAUGUUUCAAUUGACUUUAAAAGAACACUGCAGGCGAUAUUUUGUCAGUGCGUGUGUUUUCAUGGACGGGCAGCAAAAACUGAUUGUGAUAACUGACUUUUCUGGGUUUUUUUUAAACUGAUUGGGAUCACGAAUCUCAGAAGCUGCUAUGUGAAAGGUUAUGACAUUUUUAGUUCUCACUUGACACACCCCUCACUCUGCAAUCAGCUUUGUAGAAAUUCUCCUCCUCAGCAAGUUCUCGUUGUUACGAUAGUUAUCAGUUCCUUGUACCUUUUAUGAAUGUUCAUACUGAAGACCGUGUUGCCAAAAAGACACAAAAUUGUCCUCGUUAUUUCAGAAAAUGAGUAAUAAAAAUGGCAAAAACUAAUGAGAACAUGCUUUUUGUUUUCAAUAAUACUACUGAACUCAACCAGAUCUUUUGGACAGAUUUGUAACUGCUUCAAUGCUUGACCUUGUUUAAUGAUUUUCUGUCAUUCUUAGAAUUACUGCCUUUUACAGUAAUCAUACUGUUAAUGUAUCAGAUUAUUACAGACUGGCGGCAUGCUGGUGCAGUGGUUAACACUACUAGGGACCCUGUGUCCGGUUCCUGGGGUGCUACAGUAUCUGCGUGGACUUCAUACAGUAUGUUCUCCCCAUUUUUGUGUGGGUGUCCUCUGGAUGUUUCCUCCCGCAGUCCAAAGACAUGCUGGUACCGUAGGUUCAUUGGCUUCUGGGAAAAUCUGUGUGUGCCCUGUGAUAGACUGGCAUCCCGUCCAGGGUGUAACUCGCCUUGUUGAGACCAACAGCCUGUCUACUUUCAAGCAAUGGCUGCAUGAGAUCAUCGAAUCAAACUGAUACCAGUAACCAAAAGGGCUGCACAGAUCAAAAACUGUCCUCUCAAUUGAACCUUAUAAUGUUCUUGUAACUUCUUGAAUCAGCACAUCAGCAGCAUGAUGUACAAAGGUAGUAAAUUAAGUGAUGAUGUUUGAUAAAAGGUUACACAUGAAAAAUCUGACUUCUUGAACCAGCGUUAAGAUAAAUCAAGUUAUAAAACAGUAAGUGCAAAUAAUUUUAGACUCAGCUCUAAAUAUUGCUAAAUUCUUUCAUUCACAUUCCUGUGGAUCUCGAAUGCUAACAGGGAUUAAAUACGCUGUGAUAACUCAGAUGACCAUGGGAAAAAGGAUAUUGAAUUUGUAACUCAUAAGGGGUUUUUGUAUACAUGCUUGCUCGAUUUUUUUCCAUGUUUCCAGGUGGAGCCAAGAAAAAAAGCUACCUGCUCCGUCAGUCUGUAGCCACGCCCACUCGCAUGACAUCUCUCGCAGGCCACGCCCCGCGCACCUGUGCGCCAGGUUCUGCUGGAGAGAGCGGAGCUGAUUUAGUGUCUUCGGACAGGACAUCCUUGGCUCAGCUGCUGGACUUAUUGAUAAAAUGUAACGAAGUUCCAGUCUUCAUUCCGGUCGUUGCCUAGACUGAUGCCUUGGAGAAACAGUAACGUGCUGUGUGUUUCUGUUUUUCCAUGUAGUUGCACCCAAAUGUUUUUUGUACUUUGUAGACUUGUAAAAGCGUAAGCAUUAAUGUAGCCGUGCUUUGCCACUUUGUAAUUGAAAUGCAUGUUGAUUUUCACUUUGAAGCCUGUGCAUCCGACGUAUUGUAAUGCUUUGUUUUGUAUGCCAUUUUCGCUCAAUAAAUUGUUGAUUGAACCUUGA